AUGCUGCGUGCCGAGGCCGGGCGUGCGGGCGAGGCGGAGGCGCGCGCCGCCAGCGUCCAGCGCGACCUGGUGGCGGCCCGGGAGGGCCUGGCGCGCGCCCAGGGUCAGCUGGCCGCCAAGACCAGCGCGCUGGCGGACUCUCAGGCUGAGGUGGCGCGGCUGGCAGCGCAGGUGAGCGGCGCUGGCUCCAGGGAGCGCCAGCUGCAGGGCGAGGCGGCCGCAGCUCGCGCAGAGGUGACGCGGCUCAAGGCAGAGCUGGGCGGUGCACAGCGCGCAGAGGCAGAGAGUGUGCAGCUGCGCUCUCAGCUGGCGGCGGCGCAGGCAGAAGUGGCGACGGCGCGUGCAGAGGCGGACCGCGCGCGCGUGGAUGCGCAGGGCGCAGAGGCGCGCGUGGCACAGCUGCAGUCGCAGCUGGGGGCGGCCGAGGCGGCGGGGCGCGACGCCGCUGCGCUGAGGUCCCAGCUGGCUGACGCGCAGCGCGCUGCGGACGAGGCGCGGCUGGCGGUGUCGAGGACUGCCGGCGAGAAGGACGAGGAGCGGGCCGUGGCGAACCGCACGCUGCGGGAGGUGGGUGAGCUGCAGGCCCAGCUGCUGCGGGAGAGGGAGAGGCACGACACAACCAAGGAGCAGCUCAGGGAGGCGCAGCAGCAGCUGCAGCUGCAGCAGGCGCGGCAGGGGCAGGGGCAAGCGGAUCAGCUCACCACGCCCGUGACGAGGGCCGGCCGCAGCGAGGGCCGGACGCCCACUGUGGACGCGGCCGCCAACGGCGGCGCUCCGGCGCCUCCACCGACCACUGAUGAUGAUGGCGGCGGCGUGCAGCAGCGCGUGGCGCCGGCAGGCCAGGCCACGCCCACCAGCGGCAGCCGUCCGCGGCAGCGGCAGCGCCGGCAGUCGGCCGUGCCAGAGCCCAUGGAGGGCGUGGAGGCCGCCGGCGGCCGCAGCCGCACGCCCACGCCCCCGCCGCGCAGCGGGCGCCGCAGCGCGCUGCCCACGACCCCCGGCUCCACCUCAACGGGCGGCGCCGCGGGCGGCACGCCGGUGGUGCUGCCGGGCGACCUCGCCGCGGCGCGCGCGGCGCUGCCCGCCAGCGUGGACUCUUUGAGCAUCGGGCAGAUCAAGGCGUGGUUCACGGAGCACCGCUUGGAGGACGAGGAAUUCAUGGCGCUGGCGGCGGGGCGCGCCAAGAAGGGUGACUGGGUGGCCCUUGCCAAGCGGCGCGCGGGGCUGUGA